CGUCGCAUGCAUGUCGCAAGUUGACGUCACUUGCUGCCUAUAAACUGCGAAUCAGGCGUGGGGAGACUAUUGAAUUGAAAUACAUGUUAUUGGAUUUUUGUUCAUCAAAGUCAAACAUCAAGCAAAAAUAAUAGACUUGUCUAGGUAGAGAAGAACACAGUAAACGCGACCAACGAGGAUGUUUAAGAAAUUUGAUGAGAAGGAAAAUGUUUCCAACUGUAUUCAGCUGAAGACCUCUGUAAUCAAAGGCAUCAAAAACCAGCUGUUGGACCAGUUUCCAGACAUUGAGUCAUGGCUCAACCAUAUCAUGCCAAAAAAGGACCCUGUCAAAAUAGUGCGAUGCCAUGAACACAUUGAAAUCUUGACGGUGAAUGGAGAAUUGCUCUUCUUCAGACAAAGAGAAGGACCGUUCUACCCAACCCUCCGACUGCUGCAUAAGUACCCCUUUAUUCUUCCACACCAACAAGUAGACAAAGGGGCUAUCAAGUUUGUCUUAAGUGGAGCCAAUAUCAUGUGUCCUGGAUUGACGUCCCCAGGCGCCAAACUCUACCCCUCUGCCUCAGAAACAGUAGUUGCCAUAAUGGCGGAGGGCAAGCAACAUGCCCUUUGUGUCGGAGUCAUGAAGAUGUCUGCAGAAGACAUAGAGAAAGUCAACAAGGGAGUAGGAGUUGAAACUGUUCACUAUCUUAAUGAUGGACUGUGGCACAUGAAGACGUAUAAGUGAGAUGUCUUCACCAACCCCCCUGGACAACGUGAAGCUCUUGAUAGUGAGGCUGCCAGUCAAUUGUUUACACCAAUGGACUUAGCUGUGUAACUAGCUGGAGGCUUUGAACCAAUCCCCAAUUAAUGCACAAAUAAAAACCUGCAUUCAAUAUA